AGCCUACAAUGUGUUGGAGCGCUAGCCAAUAGGAGCGAGAGUGUUACAUAGUUAUGACACUAGUUUGGAAGUGAACAAAGGAGUCCAAUGGAGGCGUUUCAGGAUGUGACACAGGGAUGUUAGCGUUUGCAGACCAUUUACAUCCACCAAAACCUACAUAACACACUACAGGAAAAAGGAAAACCCCAAAAGGAGUAAUAGGGCCUCUUUAUAACUGAUACGAUAACAUGUAUUUGUCUAGGAGCGCUGAACAAAUCAUACAGCGUGACAUCCGUGAGUAGAUGAGUAAAGGUCAGUUUCAUCCCCAUCAUAACAAUAAACACAGUCCUCCUCUUCUUCAGAAAGAUCACAUCAACAUUGUGACACAAAGAGGUCUUUGUUCUGCUGUUUUUCAAUGGACAUGCUGAUUUGAUUUAAUGGAUAACAUGUCUUUUAGGACAACAGUGUCAACUACAGUUUAUUUGAUCUGUUUUAUAUGUGAGUCACCCAAAUAAGACAACAGAAUAAUGUGACCUUAGAAAAGAAGAACCCAAGAUAUGUAGGAUCAAAAGUGUGUCCUCUUUAUAGGAAAGCAUCUUCAGGCAGUAGUACCCUCACCCUUCCUGCAGUAGUAUAUAGCUACACACCACAACACAUCGGCACUUUAGCCAGCCGUAGUGCUAUUGAUUUCUGUCUGCACAGUAAGCCUCUUUGCUCCUCCCUUCAAUCUGCUUCAUCUGAUCGCUUUUUAUCAUACCAGUUUCAUAUGUAGCUUCCCAUGAUAUUCUGCGUGACAAAUAACUGAUUGUCAGGAUUUUCUCACAUGGUAUUGCUGUCAAAAAAGGAAGGAACAGACCUGCAGUAAAUUACUACACAGUGUAUUAUUACUGCCAAGACAUCCAGUGUGUUCCGGGGCACCUGUAUUAUCUUGAUGGAAGAAAUUGCACACUCAAGAGGGAAGUGUCCAAGACCAGAGGGGUCAUAUACCGACCAGAUUGUAAAACCCCCUGAGGGUUAUUUCAUCGGUCUAUAUAAAUAAACUUGAUUUGAUUUGAUUUACUGGACUUCAUGCAGCCCUAGAAUUCUGAAGCUAAGGUUUUCGCUUCAGCUGCUCAUUGCGCAUGAUUGAGUAUUAAUGGAUUACAUAAUCAGGAUACCAUUUAUUACAAAUGUUGAUAUGCUACUCAUCCAUCAGUGCUGACACGAAACACAUCAGAAGGUGCAGAACGACCGGGACCGUUAUGCUAUGUAAUAUAAGAGAUUCGCCGAGCCGUUUCAGAAAACUGCGAUCACAUGCCCCACAGGAAUGAAUGGGAAAUCCAUUUGAACAGUGCUCAAAACCCCCCCAGUUUGACCCCAUACAUGUUCCGCAUACUUUAACGUAGAGCAAAAAUGACAAGUUUAAGCGGUUCUCGAGACGAUGGACUUUAUUAGACUAGUUGGAUAUUUUUUGAUAGCUAGUACGGUUCUCACGUUGUCACAGUUUACGUUUUACGUUCCACAUUUUUUGAAUGGGAGAGCUCGUUAAGACGUAGACUGGAUGACAUCACGGCUAGAGGGGAGAGGAGCUGUAAAAUCUUCUGAGGAUAUUUUCCAACUAUUGCUCAGCUGGCAACACAGGGAUUUUAGCCUCUGCAAACCAUUUACAUGCACUAAAACCUUUAUAACGCACUACAGGGAAGGGGAAAACCCCCCCAAAAAAGCCUCUUUAAGUAAGAGGAUGUUUUCCACCGGGGAGUCCCACGAGCUGAUUGAUUUCUAAAAGCUUCUCCUUCCAGAAUUAGAAAUCCUCCUUUUCUCUCCACUGAUCUGGGGAUUAUUCGCUCCCACCGUCGCUUUUUGAGCUGCUUCCUUCACACGCUGUUCAAUUUAUGGCUGCCACCCACGCUCCUCUGGCUCUGAGGCUGUCUUUGUUCUUUUACUCCCAGGCCUUUGAGAAUACCUCACACCUUUCAUGUAGCUUACGCCCCGACAAACAAGAGUGCAUCAAUUAUUUGAUGCCACCGUCACAAUCCCCCUUUUUCAACUUAAACCACCUGUGUUUGAGACAAAACCUGAGAGCGUUCCGUAAUAAAAUAGCACUUUCCAUCGAUUGAAGGUGCACUGGGGGUGUCUGCUUUCUUGUAAUUUUGUUUUUCUGACCAAUUUGUGGUGUGUGUAUCCUUGAGUAUGAGUGUAAAUAAAGAUGCUGGGCUUAGGGAUCAGUCAGAGAAAGCACGCAACAAAUGUUUAAGGUUAUCUUUGCAUUUGUGCUGAAGGGAAAGUAAUCAGGCAGAAUAUCACACACUUAUAUUUGGGAUUGUCGACAUGUUAUUUCAUAUAUGCCAAUCAGAUUAUUGACCUACCAUUAGACCCAUUGUAUGUUAUCAUUGGAGCAAUCCCUGAUGGAGAUUUGGGAAAGAGAAAGGCCUACACUUUUAUUUACAUGCCUUUAUUGGUAGCAGAACAUUUAUUCUGUAAACUCUAAACUGGUUGCCUCCUGUCAUCCUUCUGAAUUUGUCCCUUUAUUUUUAAAUGUUUUGUCGGAUGCCAUGCUUGAAAAUGAAUCCAUUGCAUGUUUUGCCGAACCUUGUUGGAUGUUGUUUCGAUUCUGUUUUGAAUUACUUGAUAAAACAGCGACGUAUUUUUGAAAAAAGCACAAAUCCGUGUUCUUUUUUAUUUUGCAAUCCAUGUAGUUUAAGGCUAAAUAUUUGCACAUUUGAUUCUCCUUUUUUUUAGGUCACUUGACACCCUGUGUGCAUGCAGAUCUCAUUAAAGACUUGUGUUUUUAAAAGCAUUUGCAGUAUAUUAGAAUCCCAUUACCUGACCCCGCAGUAAUUUGUAUGAUUGCAUAUUGUGUGAACUGUACAAAGACGGUUGUAAUGGAUUGUAAUCACUUCAGCAAAACACUUUAUUCACAGCCCAAUGUCACAAGUAACAAUUUGCCCUACCUAACCAUACGUUACACCCUUUUAGUGGACAGGUGUGUGUGUUAUUCAUCUGGUUUAUGGUCCUUUUUAUGCGUGUAUGUGUGCUUGUUGCAUGUGUGUAUGGUGUGCUGUAGCAGGCAUGUUGAUCCGAAAACAAUGCCACGAUAGCUCAGACGCUGUUAUAGCCUGACGGUUUAUAAAGCUCUAAAAAUAACAGUAGGGAUUGCAGAGACUUGCUAGAAUUGAACCCCCCCUCCGCACACAACCUCUCCAAUAAUGAGCUGAAACACCCACACACACACACACACACACGAGCACAGAUCAGUGCCAUUGAAGGGAACGUGGAGACCCCAUGACACCGAUCUCCAAGGCAAACAAGACACGGAGAAAAAGAGCAAGACCAAAAAGGCGAGCGGAGAAAAGACGUGUAACUUGUAAGGCUGCUGUUUGUGGCUGUGCAACCCACGGACAGAGAGGGUUUAUUGAUCAGCUGCUUUCCUGCUGUUUCCUGCCUCAUUAUCAGAUGAGGCAGGAGACUGUCUUUGGUCAAACCGCUCAUGAAUAUCCUUCACCGCUGCAAGCUCAGCAAGGCCGUGCACCGGGGAGUGUUUAGUUCCUUCCUCUAUUGUACAAGAUGUUCUGUGCAGAAUGGAAAUGGCAUGAUGGAUCUAAAUGUGUUGCAUUCAGAAAUCCUUAUCCUUAUUUUUGUAUUCUGUGGUGAUAGAGGGGUGCAGUCAUGAGACCUAAAACCUGGAAAUGACUCAUUUGACCACUUUUGGUUCCCUCGUCUUAAAUUUUAAAAAGGUGUACAGGAUUUUAGUUAGAAGCCUGAAAUGAGGUCUCUGCUUAAUACAAGCUUAUACGUUUCUAUUGUUAUGUUUACAGUACGUCAUGCUGUAAAAUAUGUCAGUUAAUACCCCACUGUGGCAGCGGGAUGUGGUUAGGGCGCCGGCUGCUGGAGUGGUAGGACUGGCUCAGCCUGAGGCCAGACAGCUGAUCAUGUAAUCAGGCACUGAUUAAAGUCAUGGUCGUAACCUGGUUCUGCGCUGUUGCAGUAGUGAGUGAGGACUGUUUCCCCUCGCCCGCAGGACGAGAGCCACUAACCGCCAGUAUCAUUGCGAAAGCACUGUUCCCUAAUAAAGAUUUCAUGUUGUUUCAAAGUACCGAGUGGUCGUUCCAUCAUUGGGAACGUAGGUGUGAGCCCGAACGCUCACACCUACAUAUAUCAUAAAAAUGGUGGUUGCUAACAAGUGACUGAAUGAGAAAACUAAACGUCAUCACUCUGAACAUUAUCUGCCAACUGGUGUUAAUAUAUGUGGAGAUUCUCCUGGUGAACAAACUGUGUUAACGGUGCCGUAGAAUGGAAAACUGUGUUGACCUCGGCAUAGUUGAAUAAGGAGAGUUCGGUACAUUGAGCUGACAUACUGUGAACCUCAAACACCAUUGUUUCCUCCUUCAGGUGCAAAUCAUGAAUAUGCAUAUCACAGCGGUAAAACGGGCGAAUUAGAACAAUCCCUGUGUGUGACGUCACACACAGUAGUCCAGCCCCAACAUCUGCAUACACCAGCUGCUGGAAACACUAACGCUAACACUCACCACUCCUUAACGCUGCUCUCCAAUCUCCGACCAACCGGCUGUUCUUCAAACUCAUUGGUUUCCUCCUCCGAUAAAGGCUCUAACAUGUGAGGUUGGAUGCCAAUAGCCUCCAUGGUUCAUCUCUCACAGUUUCACAAACAUCACUUACUUCUGUGGGCUCUGAGGCAGCCAUGGAUUGCUCCUUGUAAACCAGCCAAUCAGAGCAGAGCUCGUCAUAAUUAUUUAAAUGAGCCCCAAAUAAGGCAAUUCAGCUCGUUUCAUUCUAGGACCAAAUCAUAGGGUUGUAAAUGGGUCUGUAAAACCACAUCUGGACAUUUUUUGGAUCAACCAAAGCGAUAUACCUUCUUUGUAGACAUCAGAGCAGAUAGAUGCUUUCUAUGGCACCUUUAAAUAUCAUAAACGUGUGUCGGCUGCAAUAUAUCAAAAUCCAAUUGGUUUUGGGUCGAGGAAGCCCUUGCGACGCUAACUUCUGGGUCUUUGGCUAAUUGCACCACCCUAUACAUAAAUACAAAUACUGAGCUUUGAUUUUUUUCAGUAAAGUAAAUGUUCCUUUGAAACUUAAAUAAGAAUGCAGUUUGUUUGGGAACAUAACCCUAGCCCUGCAAAGACUGCAGGUGCAUGUACUGCAUUGGUGUUUAUUUGGAUAUCUUUUGUUGAUUUCUUGCUUCCUCUCUUCUCUCAGAGUCUGUUCCUCAACACCAUGAACAAGAUGAAGAACUUUAAGAGGCGUUUCUCUCUUUCUGUUCCUCGCACUGAAACCAUCGAGGAGAACGAGUUCACCGAGCAGAUAAACCAGCUCAACAUCCGGCACACUCAGGGCCUCACUCAGGACAGGCUGUGUCCCCCGUCUCAUGACGCCAGUCCUUCGAGUCCUGAACCAACAACACCCGGAGCUGAGUCUCCGUCACACCUCCACUUCCACAGCAAGGCCCAGCAGAGACGUUUCUCCAUGGAGGACGUCAGUAAGCGCAUGUCUCUGCCGAUGGACAUCCGCCUGCCUCCAGAGUUCCUGAAGAAGCUGCAGCUGGAGAGCGAGAACUCCCCGCUCUGCAAACCUCUCAGUCGCAUGUCCCGGCGUGCUUCCCUGUCCGACAUAGGCUUCGGGAAACUGGAGACGUACGUGAAGCUCGGCAAACUGGGUGAGGGAACGUAUGCCACGGUGUUCAAAGGGCGAAGCAAACUCACGGAGAACCUGGUGGCGUUAAAGGAGAUUCGGCUGGAGCACGAGGAGGGAGCGCCAUGCACGGCUAUCAGAGAGGUGUCUCUCCUGAAGAACCUGAAACACGCCAACAUCGUCACGCUGCACGACAUCAUCCACACCGAGCGCUGCCUCACGCUGGUGUUUGAGUAUCUUGACAGUGACCUUAAACAGUACCUGGACAACUGCGGGAAUCUCAUGAGCAUGCAUAACGUCAAGAUCUUCAUGUUCCAGCUGAUGCGUGGUCUGUCCUACUGUCACAAGAGGAAAAUCCUCCACAGAGACCUGAAGCCUCAGAACCUGCUCAUCAACGACAAGGGCGAGCUCAAACUGGCCGACUUCGGUCUGGCGAGGGCCCAGUCCGUUCCCACUAAGACUUACUCCAAUGAGGUGGUAACACUAUGGUACCGCCCCCCUGACGUACUGCUGGGCUCUACAGAAUACUCAACACCCAUCGACAUGUGGGGCGUGGGUUGCAUCAUGUUCGAGAUGGCAACUGGUCGUCCAAUGUUUCCUGGGGCCACAGUGAAGGAGGAGCUGCACUUAGUUUUUAGGCUUGUGGGCACUCCAACAGAAGAGUCUUGGCCUGGUAUCAGCAGUAAUGAGGAGUUUAGGUCUUACCUGUUUCCUCAAUACAGACCUCAAGCUCUUAUCAACCAUGUGCCCAGGUUGGAUACAGAGGGGAUCGACAUGCUGACUGCUCUGCUGCUGUACGACACCAGGAGCCGAAUCUCCGCUGAAGCCUCACUACGACACCCCUACUUCACGAGUCUGGGGAAUAAUAUACACAAUUUGGCAGACACUGCUUCAGUGUUUUCCCUCAAAGAGCUCCAGCUCCAGAAGGAUCCAGGCCACCGCAGCUCAGUGUUUCAGCCUUUAGGUCGGGGAAAGAACCGAAGACAGAGCAUCUUCUAGAGGUCCCAGAGGAGGAUCAGAGACGCUCAGAGAAGCCGCCUUUUCCAGACCACUGCACAAAGGCCAUCAAAGCUCAGCUCAUUCCCAAGCAUGCUAACCUGUGUGCACACACCUGCAUGUACACACAGACUCGUGUGCACUCACUUAUUUCCAGGGGAGUUCACCAACGGAGACUCACAUGGUUUCUGGAAAUAAACUUGUGAAAUGACUGAGCAGAGAUACCCUCCCCCUGCACACACAAGUACAGAACAUAUUUGCACACAUUUGCACAAUCAACGACACUGAACAUGCUGCCAUUACCUAUUUGCACACACGAUAGAUGUAUAAUUAUUCUGCUGACACACAUUUGCAUUAUAGCCCAUGAUUUUUGACCACUAGGCCCCUGCUUGAAACUUGAAUAUUUUCCAUUUAGAGCAUACCCAGGGCUCUAGCCAUGUGAGGUAGCUACCACAUCUGGAACCUCUGCGUUUUGUUUGUCUUACUAAGGUUAAGGCUUGUCUCUACAGUAAAAUGUAGCUUGAAGAUACACUCACUGAGUUUCAUAAAGCAUGCAGUGGCAAAACAUUCCCUCGCAAAAUAUUACAAAUGUUAUGAUCAUAAAUUCCCCAAAUGCACCUCUUACAAACCUCCAAACACUAUGACCAGGAACCAAAGAGAGGGUUUCUAUUUAUUCAUGUUUCAAGUGUAUUGCCAGGAGAAAAAUGAUGUCAGAGAAAUGCUUAAGGUUUUAUUUUAAUCAUUAUUUGUCUGACCUACAAGUAGUUAAAACAUACUGAUUUAAUAAAUAAAAGGGCCCUCAGGUUGUUAAAAUCUCCCAAAUGUUAAUAGCGGCUAAAGCCUAGCCUGCUAAAGCCUAGCCUGCUAACAGGAACUAGCUACAAGUACAGACUUGACAAUUAAACAAUUGAUGUCUUUGUUAGCUACAGAUAAGCUAACAGGCUCAUUUAGCAUCCCAAAGUUUCAAAAGGCUACUAGCUUCUAAAAUGUUUGGAUCAUAAAGGGUCCACUAAAUACAGUAUGUUAGCUCAUACAUAAUAUAUGGAUUCAUGUAGCAUUAUUAGCACAUUGAAUCUAAAAAAGAACAUGUUAAAAAUGACCCAAAGGGCCCUCAGGUUGCUUAAGUCCCCAAAAUGCUAACAGUGGCUAAGGCCUAGCGUGCUGACCGCAGCUAAAUUACAAGAUAAGAGUGGGAACAAUUACACUAGCUAUGUCUUUGUUAGCUAUACAUAAUGCUAACAGGCUAAUCAAGCAGUGGUUCACCGGGUCAACGUAACACAGUACGUUAGCUAAUACAUGAUAUAUGGAGCUAAUGAUGGUUAGCUACCGGGAGAGGCAAGCUAGCUAAACAACACAAACGAUGUAUGUGUGUUAGGCCUGUCAGAAGAGUCCCAAAUAUGGCAGCUAUGGAUGUGAGUCUUGAAGUGGUACAUUCCCAAGCAGUCAGAACACUGAAGUAGUAGCAACACACUGUUCAUUUACAGUAAUUUUACUCAUGUGAAACAAACAUUGGACCUGCCAAAAAAAAAUCUCAGUCACGUAACAACACUCCGAUGUAAAAUGGAUUCAAGGAGUCGACAGAUGUGUGAGGUACACUCAGUGUUAAGAGCUGACCAGUUUUUUUGAAGUUGCCUUAGUAACAUGUGCAUGAAAUUUCAGCUUGUGAAGAAUCUUGUCUUUUAGCGUAGCCAACGUGUUAUAGGCGAAAUUUGCUUUUGUGUGUGUGUGAACAACUCACCAUGAGUGUGUGUAUUUCUUAGUCUCCUAUUUGCACAAACCAGAAGUGUCCUCUGAAGCUUACUCCCUUCCCUUGUGUCCUACUUUACAUGGUUCGAAAAUAUGACCACAUGUCCUUAAACUCUGAUACUCUUACCUACAAAUACUUUCCGGUAGCAAACAGCUCUUAGUAGGACUCACCACUAAACCCUUAUUUUGUUUGCACAGCUUUUCUACAGCUAUUGCAUUGUAUAGCAUGUAGGCCUACAGUUUGACUAAGAGAGUAUAAGUAUCUGCUGAAGUGAAACCAUCCAAUCUUCCUUAUAUAAUGUUCUUUAUGUGACUUAGCCCAGGGGUUAUGCAUACAGGAGGGAUCUGCGGUCAAGAAAUUAAUAGGGGGUUUGCGGCUAAACCGCCCUCUCCUUAAUCUGCAAUCUCCAUCUGCUGCACGUCUGAGAAAAAUUCUCCGUCAUGCAAGUCAGAAGUAGCUCUGAAGACAUUAAGCCUUUCAUCUAAAGGCUCCUUCAGUUCUGAUUGACAUGUGGGUAUUUAGGGUGAGGUAUAAAACAAACUGUUGUCUCAUUUCAUCUGAAGGAAACAGCUUUGAUCCAUGUUCCUUAGAUGAAUAUCCGCAGCAGUUUAAGCAUCUGUAAAUCAAAUGAUGAAAUCACCCUCCUACUGCUUAUGGCUUUUCAACCUACCCUAUUUUCCUUAGAGAUAGCUCUGUCUGUAUAAGCGAAACGGAUUUCUUACAAUACCCAUCUCCCUUCAUUCAUUCAUUCUUUGGCAAUUUGAACCAUAAAGAUAACCCUUAAAAGCCCAAAUGUGAGUUCAUACCAAGAACGUAACACACUGGGACACGUAAUAACCUUUCUAAUUAACAAAGUACAGUCUCUCCUCUUGAAAGCUUGGGAGAGAAGUUCAAAUUGUGUCUGUACCGGACGUGUGUGCUUCUCACGUUUUGUCUUCAGAGACUUUUACAGGAAUUGUUGAAUGCAUCCCUUUCAGUUCCAUCGUUAAAAAAGGUAUAGAUCAGAUCCGAUAGGGACUGUGUUUGAAGUAGAGCAUUCGCAAUGAGCAUGUAAUGCCACAUUGUCCAUGCAUACUGUAGAACUGAACGACUCUCACGUGACUAUUGUUGCAGACUGAACUCUGGUUUCAGACAGAGGGUGAAAAGAGGUGCAGUAUGAGGAAAAAAUAAAGACCUUUUUGAAUAUUAAAGCCACACAAAAGGCACAAAAUACGAACCUGAAAGUGUGCAUUAUACAGUAUGUCCUCCUUAAAUGCUCUGCCCUCCUCACAUGUCACUGACAACUGAGAAAGCUUUGAGAGGCGAAACGUCUUCAAGAAAUUCAAGACAACUUCUAGAUGAUUAGGACUUUGAUCAUCCAGCUUGAGACUGUUAGGGACUACAAAGAUGGAGGUAAAUGUAAAUUGCCUUUAAAAGUGAAUUAAGGACCAUUCAACCCUCUGUUCAUGUGAUAAAAGCAGUGAGGAGAGAAACCCGCUGGGACUUCAGAGGGAUGUAUAGCUGUGGAUGUUACUCUUCCAACCUCCCCCUUCCUCCCCUCAGUGGCAGAAGUAUUACUGUGCAUUUAGUCGUGGUAAAUGAAGCUAUUUUAAAUACUGUAAUGAAAAAGAAAUAAUAUAUAUAUGUAUUUUAACAGAUGUUUCCAUCUUUCUCAGUGAGUUUUAUGCCGUUUAAAAAUAGAACGCUGUAUUUAAAAGUAUAACAAAGAAAAAAACCUGCAGAUGUCUAAAUGUUUUAUAAAAGAUAAGUUUAGAUUUUGUAUGAGGUGUGAUAUUCUGUGGGAUUUGUCUACACUGUUAUGACAUGAGAAAUUGAAUGUACUGUGACUGCCAAAAGGCGUAACAUUGAUUGAGUAAUUGAUUGAUUAAUGGAUAAAUAAACUAUUGAAAUUCUGGCACACUCA